CAGUCCUUUAUUAUUUGUUCAUUCCAACCUCCCACACGUCGCGACAGCCUUGAGGCCAGUGGAGCAUCAGUCACCACAGCAGCAUUUCAUCAGCACAUCGCUCUUCUGCUGGACACAGGACAACCCAGAUAUCGACUAGAUUCAUCAACUGGAGGCGCACGGUCAAUAUGAACAUGAACAUGAACGGGUUGUUCGCCCACACCCUCACAGACCUAAUUCGCGGCAUCCGUCAGAACAAGAAGAAUGAGCAGAGCUACAUCGCCAAGGAGAUUGCAGACAUUCGAUUGGAGCUGCGUCGCAACGACGCUGAUUUGAAGGCACAGGCUAUUGCCAAGCUGACCUAUCUUCAAAUGAUGGGAUACGACAUGUCAUGGGCAUCGUUCCAUGUUGUCGAGGUCAUGUCGUCACCAAAGUUCCUGUAUAAAGGCAUUGGAUAUCUCGGGGCGAUUCAGUCAUUCAAUCAAGAAACGGACGUGCUUAUGCUCACUACAAACCUCAUCAAAAAGGACCUGGCAUCUUCAAAUGCAAGUGAGAUCGGUGUCGCUAUCAAUGGACUCUCGCAUAUCCUCACGCCAGAUCUUGCGCGUGAUCUCUGUGCGGACCUUGUCGCCAUGUUGAAUCAUUCUCGACCCAUUGUCCGCAAAAAGGUCCUCCUCGUUCUAUACAAGGUGUUCCUGAAAUACCCUGAGGGCUUGCGACUCAGUUUCUCCCGCAUGAAAGAUAGGUUGGAGGAUCCUGAUCCUUCUGUUGUAUCCGCCGCCGUCAAUGUGAUUUGUGAGUUGGCACGCAGGAACCCAAAGAACUAUCUCUCCCUUGCACCACAACUUUUCAAGCUCUUGACCACCUCUUCCAACAACUGGAUGCUUAUCAAGAUUAUCAAGCUGUUUGCUGCUUUGACGCCAUAUGAGCCCCGCCUGACCAAGAAGCUAUUGCCACCAAUUACGACUCUGAUUCAGACGACACCCGCCAUGUCAUUGCUUUACGAGUGUAUUCAUACGGUUAUUGCUGGAGGCAUGUUGGCCACGACUGGUUCCGGAAGCAAUGCCGAGAGUGCAAACACACUGGCAGCCACGUGCGUCACCAAACUUCGCACAUUCUUGGAGGAUCCAGACCAGAACUUGAAAUACAUUGGUCUACUUGCACUGACUAAGAUCCUUCCAACACACCCUCAUCUUGUGGGAGAGCACAAGGAUAUUAUCUUGAAAUGCAUUGACGAUCCCGACAUUUCUAUUCGCAUGCGAGCAUUGGAUCUGAUUGUUGGUAUGGCUAGUAAGAAGAACUUGACAGAGAUUGUGAAGCGCCUGAUCUCACAUCUCCUGCCUGCAAACGAAACCGAGCACUCCUCUAUGAACAACGGCUCUGCAACAGCGGCGUUGAUGGACCCCGUGUACCGCGCCGAUAUCAUUCGCAGGAUCGUGUUCAUCUGCUCUCAGAACUCGUAUGCCAAUGUCACGAACUUCGAGUGGUAUCUGGCCGUUCUAUCGGAUCUCACAAACGUCGCUGGCGUCAAUGUUGGUACCCUGCUGAUGCAGCAGUUCAUGGAUGUCGGAGUCCGUGUCAAGAGCGUUAGAACGUACACUAUACAGUUGAUGAUGCGCUUACUCGCUGACACCCGACUAACAGAACCUGACAACCCUGAAAGUGCAAACUCGAUGGUGCUUUUGGCUGCAGCAUGGUUGACGGGCGAAUACUGCGCAUUGCUGGAGUCUCCUGAGAGUGCUCUUGAGCUGCUUUCUCAAAAGUCUACAGCUAAACUGGAUCCUGCGAUCCAGGCGACGUACUUGCAAAGUCUUCUCAAGAUCUUUGCUCACUGGAUGAACAACCUUCAAUAUUCGUGGAAUGAGGAGGCUAGACAGUCCCUUGUGGAGAUGGUCGAUCUCUUGCGCGAGGGCGUUAAGGAAUUGUUUAGUCGUAGCCCAGAUCUUGAGGUUCAGGAGAGAGCAUCUAACGUCGCGGUCAUUCUUGACAUUAUCGCCGAGCAUGCUCCAAAGGCGCCAUUGAAGAUUGAGAACUCGAUUUCGUUUGCACCGACAAUGCCAAAGCCCCCAGCCAUCCUCAGCUCACUUUAUCCCCUCUUCUUCAACCAGGAGCUCAACCCUGUGGCACCCAAAGCUCAGAAGAAAGUGCCCGUUCCUGAAGGACUGGAUCUGGAGUCGUGGAUCCAUGAACCCAUCCCAGAACCUGAGCCAUUAUCAUCUGGCGACGACGACUUCCUAAAUGAGGACUCUUCAUAUGGAUAUGGCUGGAGCGGCGAGGGAGCUGCAGCUGAAAAGUCUAAGAAGAAGGGCAAGGGUCGCCAUCAGGAGGAUUCAAAGGAGAGCGCUGAAGCCAAGGCCAAGGUAAAGAUCACAAUGAGACACAGUUGUGUGAGACGGCCUGCUGAAGGUGAUUGUAGUGGUUUAUGAUUUUCACAUUCCUUUAAUGAACAAUAGCGCAAAGCUGAGAGAAGAGAACGCCAAAAGCACGAUCCUUUCUACAUCGGCGG